AUGAAGCUUGAUUUCACACCAAUCGCUCAAUUAAAGUCUGAAAACAAAAUUUGGAAGAUUAAAACUCGAAUUUCCCGUAUUUGGCGAUUCCAAAACAAUGAUAAACAUGGAGAUAUUGGUAGACUUGAUUUAAUUCUUGUGGAUGAUAAGAAUUGCGACCAUAUUCCAAACGACUCACUUCGUUUCAAUUUCAUCCCUUUUGAAGAAUUGCUCUCCGGUCACAUGACGAAACAGUUUUCGUCGGUAUGUCAUGUUAUUGGUGAAAUCAUUGAAGUGCAUGGUUUAAAGGAAAUAACUGUUCGUAACGCUCUAUGUAAAUUGUUGAAUCUUCAACUUAAAAAACCUCAAUGGUUCAACAAUUGA